UAUCGUGGGCGGUAAUAUUCGAUCGGAAUUCGCGAAUUCCCCACGUCCAUGUUCGUUCGCCGUGCGCGACCGUCACGGUAUCGACCAACGUUUACCUAAUAAAUACCCGACGACCGGGGUGACCGCGGUUCGUUCAUUUCCGACCAUGAAGUCCGACCGAGUGCUUGUGACGUUUAGCGCGUUCUCUAUCCUGUCCGUGGCGACUGCCUUGUAUCAACAUAACGUUAGUAGCACUUACGUGAAAGCAGCGGACGACCUGAACGGCGACCGCGACGUGAUUAUCAAAUUCCUCUACACAGCUUUGUAUUGCGAUGGUCGUCAGUGUCCGAGUUGGUCGUGUCAAGACGAUUCGGCCGUAAUACAUGGCCACUGUUGCGGAUGUCCAAAUCCGUUAAAAGUCAAAGUGCCACCGGUGUUGUGUGUUCAAGAUUUAUCAUGUCCGUACAAAAUGGAUGAGCUAUGCGAAGCCUAUCAUUUUAUGAUCACGUGCUGUUGCAAUUCGCCUUGGCAGUAAGGUUAUAAAUCGAAUCUCGAGAGUAGUAUAUAAUAGUAAUUAUAUUGUACCGUUACCCUAUCUCGACACAUUCCUGCGAAUUAACCACCGUUACUUAUUCAUAUGAAAUAGCAUAAAAUAUAAAUUUGUCAUUUUUUACUUUACUAAUAUAAUAUUAGUUAAUAGGACGUGGAUUAGAUAAUCAGUUGCAGUUAACAAUUUGUUAACCUAUGUUGGAAAAUAUAAUAAAAUGACUAGGUAAUAACA